CGGCUCGGACUUUGCAUUAUAUCCGCGGGCUCACCUAGUCAUUUGGUGCGAGUACUCGGCCGCGGACGUGUUCCGGCCUCACUCUGCUUCUUGUUCAGCGAACAAGUUCAGGAUUCGCCGCAACUCGACGUUGCUGCGAUAACCCGUGUAUCAAGAUGAAGGACAUUCGUGCACAGUUUCAGAAAAAUGGCUACGUCGUUUUGGAGGAUUUCUUUCAACCGAAAGAGAUCGAAGAAUUGAGAGCUUCCGGAGAGGAAUUUACAAAUAAAUUGCCACCUGAGUCGGAACGAAAAAUAUUCAAUACAAUACAGUUACAACAGAAUAAGGAUAAGUAUUUUUUGGAUAGCGCUAAUAAAAUAAGUGUUUUCUUUGAAACUGAAGCUUUGGAAGAAGACGGAAAGUUGAAGGUUCAUCCAAGAGUCUCGUUAAACAAAGUGGGUCACGCUCUUCAUUGGUUACAUCCCACUUUCAGAAAGUACACGUUCGACGAGAGAGUCAAAGAAGUUGCUUUCCAAUUAGACUAUGAGGAACCAGCUGUGUGUCAGUCAAUGUACAUUUACAAAAAUCCCGGAAUAGGCUCGGAAGUUGUGAUGCAUCAGGACGCAUCGUAUUUAUACGUCGAACCGGUGAAACUCGUUGGUUUCUGGAUCGCGUUGGAGGAUGCAACACUUGAGAACGGGUGCCUAUGGAUUGCCCCAGGUUCACAUCAGAGCGGAGUGCAUAGGCGUUUUGUUAGAAACAAAGAUCCAAAUUCUCAAGAGUUACUAACUUUCGACAGAGCAGCGCCUUGCUACCAGUUAAGUAAUUUCAGACCAGUACCAGUACGCAAAGGAACCUGCAUUCUUAUCCACGGACAAGUGGUCCACUUUUCUUAUCCAAACAAGAGUGAAACGUCGAGACACGCUUACACUUUUCACGUGAUAGAGACAAAACAUGUAUCUUACUCGAAGGAAAAUUGGCUACAACCACCCACUGAUGGUUUUGCGAAUCUUUAUAGAAAUUAAGUGUAUCGUAUUAAUUGUGUAAAAAAUUAUCAUUCACUGUUUAUUGUUUUGUAAUAUUUUGUUAAUAUAUUAAAUAAAC